UAUUACAAAAGUUUAGGGGCUUCUCUGAAAUUUUCACCUUAAUUUUAAUCCCCAGCAAGGUUUAGCAAAGUAACUGAGAUUUGGCUAUGAACCCUAAGAAUCUUGGAAAAUGGUUGAUUCAAGCGCGUAAUAAGCCCUAAUUUCAGGUUGCGAUGUUAUUGUGCAGAGAACAGAGAAGAGUUCAUAAACUGUUGAAUAUGAUUUCAAAUCUCAACAAUUGUAUAGCUUUCUCACCAAUUCCUCGUCAAAACCAAGUUCAAAGGUCCGACCUUUCUCGUGUUUCAUUUACAUUGCGGAGUUUUCAGAUUGAAAGCUGUCUUCGUAAGGAUAAAUCUGAGUUACAACAACACUCGUCUCACUUACCAACUAGGUUUUUCGUUAAUCCGGUUUCAAGGGCCAGUAGGAAUCAAGCUCAAGAAGCUCUUUUUGAUUACUUGCAUUAUACUAGAAGCUUUACUUUUACUGAUGCAGAGCAUAUAAGUAAGAAUUCUCCUUGUUUUAUGUCGACUUUGUUGUCUAAGAUUGAUGAUAAUCACAAGGAUGUAUCCAGGGGAUUGACUAAGUUCCUUAGGUACAAUCCGAUAAACGAGUUUGAACCGUUUUUCGAGAGUUUGGGUUUGUGUCCUUAUGAGUUUGAAACGUUUCUUCCGCAGAAGCUAAUGUUUUUGAGUGAUGAUGGUAUUAUGUUUGAGAACUUUCAUGCUCUUUGCAACUAUGGGAUCCCGCGUGGCAAGAUUGGCCAUAUGUAUAAAGAAGCGCGAGAGAUUUUUAGAUAUGAAUCUGGGUUGUUGGCGAUGAAACUCAGGGAUUAUGAGAAUUUGGGUCUUAGUAAGGCUACAGUUAUCAAGUUAGUUACUAGUUGCCCUUUGCUACUGGUUGGUGGGAUUGAUGCUGAAUUUGCUUCUGUGGUUGAUAAGUUGAAGGGGUUACAAGUAGGAUGUGAUUGGCUCGGGCGGUACUUGUCUGACCGGAGAACAUAUAGCUGGCGCAGAAUUCUGGAGACAAUAGAGUUUCUUGAUAAAGUGGGAUGUAAAGAUGAGAACUUGAGUAGUCUUUUGAAAACGUAUCCAGCUUUGGUAAUCGAAGGCUCUGGUAAGAAAUUCUAUGUUCUGUUUGGUAGGUUGUUUAAAGUGGGGCUUCAAGUGAAUGAGAUUUAUAGGCUAUUUAUAGACAACCCAGAGAUGUUGUCAGACAAAUGCGUAAAAAAUAUCCAAAAGACGUUGGAUUUCUUGAUUGCUAUUAGAAUGGAAACGCAAUUUAUCACGAAGAUAUUGCUGAGUCAUAUGGAGCUAAUUGGUUCAUGCUCUCUGCCAGCACCUAGAACUGCUUGUCUUAGCUUGAACGUUAGACAAGACGAGCUAUGUCAGCUCUUAAAGAAAGAGCCUUUGAGAUUGUUUAGUUUUGUUUCUACAACAAAGAAGAGAAAAAGCAAACCUCUUUCGGAAGACUCGAGGAAAUACUUAGAGAAGACUGCGUUUCUGUUGAGGCUAGGGUAUGUAGAAAACUCGGAUGAGAUGGUGAAGGCUCUGAAACAGUUUCGAGGGAGGGGAGAUCAGCUGCAGGAGAGAUUUGAUUGCCUUGUGAAAGCCGGUUUAAACCAUAAUGUGGUUACUGAGAUCAUCAGGCAUGCUCCGAUGAUACUUAACCUGUCUAAAGAUGUCAUAGAGAAAAAGAUACAUUCCUUAACCGAACUUCUUGGCUAUCCGAUUGAAUCCCUGGUAAGAUUCCCGGCAUAUCUGUGUUAUGAUAUGCAGAGAAUACAUCACAGAUUCUCAAUGUAUUUAUGGUUGAGGGAAAGAGAUGCAGCAAAGCCAAUGCUGUCACCAAGCACUAUUCUCACUUGCGGUGAUGCCCGGUUUGUGAAGUAUUUUGUCAAUGUCCACCCUGAAGGUCCAGCCAUUUGGGAAAGUAUAAACCAAUCAUCUACCUAAAUUGAAGUUUUUUGGCUCUAUUUCUUGACGACAGUGAAGGAUGUGUGCUGAUGCAACACUACAGAUGUGAGUUUAUGAUAUCAAUGCCAUAUAAUGAAACAAAAGGAAGGGCAUGGAGAAAGCUGGAAGAUCAGAGAUUCAUUAGUGUUAGCCGAUACUUGUGAAAGAGCAAAAGUAUCUGCCGAGUUACAGAGUAGAUGCAGAUCUAAAAUGUUAGCUCAAACUAGCCCUACUGUGUUGCCCCUGUACUGCUUGAAUUCAUUUGAAGUGUUGUUCUGGAGAAGAUCUGCAACUUGUUUGUUGGGAAAAUUCCUCCUAAACCGCUCUGCAAUAGCUUUCCUGUAAGCGGGAUAGACACACCUAACAUUCUUGAAUGAGACAGUACUGAUGGUAGUGUGUUACAGUGGUUGCUGACACAUCUUUUAGCUGAGCUAUAUCACCUGUGACUCAGAUGCGCUUUAGCAACAACAAUAUCAUAUAUUUGUAACAUGUGAAGAUGUAAUCCAAAUAUUACAAUUUUCUAUAUUUCAAGCCACAGAUUGAUGAUGAUUAUGCAGAAUGGCAAAUAGAUCAAACCAAACAUGUAUUCUCACUUGCAAGCAAUGAUGGUUUUUGAUCAAA